AUGGAGCUUCGGGUUGGCAAGAAAUACCGCUUGGGGCGCAAGAUUGGCAGUGGUUCGUUUGGUGAUAUUUACCUCGGAACAAACAUGACAACCGGCGAAGAAGUGGCCAUCAAGCUAGAAUCCGUCAAGACCAAGCAUCCACAGUUGCUAUACGAAAGCAAGAUUUACCGUAUUCUCCAUGGAGGAUUGGGAAUUCCAAAUGUCAGAUGGUAUGGUAUUGAAGGCGAUUACAAUGUGAUGGUUCUCGAUUUGUUGGGCCCAUCCUUGGAGGAUUUAUUCAAUUAUUGUGGACGAAGAUUUCAAUUGAAAACAGUGCUGAUGCUAGCCGAUCAAUUAUUGAGUCGAUUGGAAUACGUGCACACCAAAUCUUUCAUCCAUCGUGAUGUCAAGCCUGACAAUUUCCUCAUUGGUCUUGGCAAACGUCAGUCUGUCAUUCAUAUCAUUGAUUUUGGUCUAGCAAAGAAAUACCGUGAUCCUCGUUCUCAUCAACACAUUCCUUAUCGCGAGAACAAAAACUUGACUGGAACGGCUCGAUAUGCUUCCAUCAACACACACAUUGGAAUUGAACAGAGUCGACGAGACGAUUUGGAGUCUCUUGGUUACGUCUUGAUGUAUUUCAUUCGGGGUUCCCUGCCCUGGCAAGGACUCAAAGCCAACACAAAGAAGCAAAAGUACGAGAGAAUCAUGGACCGAAAGAUGUCUACCAGUACCGAACAACUCUGCAAGGGAUAUGCUACAGAGUUCCGUUCCUAUUUUGAGUACUGUCGAUCGCUCCGAUUUGAAGACAGACCCGAUUAUGCCUACUUGAAGCGAUUGUUCAAGGAAUUAUUCUACAGAAAGGGAUUUCAGUAUGACAAUAUGUUUGAUUGGACUGUCCUGAAUCUGCAGCAGGAGCGUUCCCGAGCGCCUCCGGAUCGUCCAUUGGAUAACCCACGGGCAUCGGAGAAUCACGAGAGCCGAGAACGAGAAUCCUACCAAUUGGAUGCAAGCCGCGACGAUGCUCGAAAGCAAGCACCAGUUGAUGAAAAGGAACGAAGCCGCUCUGGUGGUAAUGACGAUUCUAAGGUCUAUGCUGCUCGUGGGGUCGACCAAGGAGCUGGAAGUCAACCGCCCAAUGUUUCCGCACCAGAAAGCUCACAUGGCGGCGACAAGGCCUAUGCUAGGUAG